CGUGUCGAGUUAAGAUGGCGGUCGUGUUGGUUCGUGCAUAUUGUAAAUAUUUACGAAAUAACCAAUAGGAACGACAUUUUGUUCGAUAAAUUUGUUGACUAUUUCGUCAGUUAUAAAAUAUAUAUUUAAAUUUGGUUUAAUUUAUUGAAUUUAAGACAGAAAAAUGAAAACAAGAAGAAGAAAUUAUUCAUCUCCCAAUAUUCGCGAGAGUGAAGGUAAAUCUAAAAAGGAAUUAUCCGUUAAAGGUAGGAACAGCAGAAAAGCAAAUUUGACUCCGUCUGUAAAAGAUCAUGACAUAAAUAUUGAAUCAAAAAGGGUUAAGAAAUCUACACAAAAGCAAAUUAAGAGCGGAGGUAAAGAAAAAAAGAUUGACAACAGUGUUGAAGCUUUCCCUUCUUCAGAUAAGAAAAGAAAUAAAUCUGUGAAUAAAAGAAGUAGUAUGUCUAAAAAAGAAAAUGAUAUAACUAUAUUGGAAAAGGAAGAAAGUGCCAUACAAGAUGUUAUUAGCGAGACAGAUGCCCACUUAAAGUUUGAAGAAAGAGAAAAUUUGGAUGGCAACAGUACUCCAAAUCUAAGAAAAAGGCAUUUGAGAAACACUGUUAAAUCAUGUAUUAACAGUAAUAAAGCAGGAAACUUAAAAAAUAAAAAUUCCAAAAAAAAGGAAAUUACCAAACACCAUAAAGAAGAAAAAAGAAUUUCUCAAGAGGACAAGUAUAUUGAGAAAAGUAAUGAUAAUUUAGGUAUGGAAACAAAAUUAGAUCUUCCAAUUAAGAAAAGGCAAAAAGGAAUUAAUCAAGAAGAUAAUGAAAAUGAAGAAAGUCAGAAAGAUAAGAAAAAUAUAAACAAGAUAUCAUCAAAGAAAAGAAAAAAUGAUAUUGAAAAUUUUGAAAAGAAAACUGAAUCUGACAUAAGUAUAAAAGAUGAUUUAUAUGGCAAACAAGAAAAUUCUGCAAAUGAAUUAUUUAUAACACAAGAUAAAAGUGAAAUUUCAUCUUCAAUCAACAAGAAAACAAAGAAAGAAGAAAAUAAAGUUAAAUAUUUAGAUACAACUAAUUAUGGAAGGAGAAAAAUAAAUAUUCAGGGUAUUAUUAUUGAAGAAAUUGAAAAAUAUGAUGCAGAUAAAGUUUGUAUGGAAAAGAAAAGUAAUUCUGAAAGUGAAGCAUCUGAAACAAAAGAAACUUUAAGUAAAAACACAAAAAUAGAAAAUACUGUACAUGCCAGUGGUUUCAAUGACGAUCAAUUUUUUAUAGAUACUACACCAUCUUUAUCACUUUUGAACAAUACAGUAAGUGAAAGUCAAUCGAAACAGUAUGAUGAGAUUGAGAAUGACAUUCAAUACUGUCAUAAAAAAAUGAAAUCUCACUCUGUAUUUGAUGAUGAUCAGAAAACUUUUAAGAACAAAUCCAAUGAAAAACAUACACCUGCACAUGAUAAAAAUAUUACAAAUGAGUUAAAGAAAGAUGAUAAUAUAUGUGGCAAAGAUGGUGUCCAUGAAUUCAAUCAAAAAGAACCUGAUAAUGACAAUAUAAAUAAAUCCGAUGGUGACAGUGAUUCAGCGCCUGAAAUAGAAUCAUUUCAAAAUAGUAGAAAUAAAGCAUUAAAUUCUAUAAAAAAUGCUGAAGAUGAGGUUAGAAAAAUGAAACUUCAAACAAAGAAAUUAAGGAGAAAAUACCACGAAAGAAAUUUAAUGCAAAAAGAGCAAAAGAUAAAGAAAAUAUUAAAUUUGGAAGCUAAGAAAUUACCUCAAAAUAUAUUAGAUGAUAUGGCUACAUUAGAAAAAUCAAAAUAUUCAAGUAAAAAUGUUGAAAAAUCUUUGCCAAAGAAACUAAGACUUUCAAGUGAAAAUAAUAAAGAAUAUUCCAAUAUUACAAAUGAUGGAACUCAAGAAGAAUUCAUCAGCAUUCAUGGAAAUACUGAAUUUAUGGUAUGCAGAGCAAAUAGUUUCAUCAAGAAGCAUACUUCAGUAGCUGAAAGUGCAAAAAAUUGGAAACGUCAGCAACUAUUUGGAAACAAAAACAGAAGAGAAUCUGUGAAGGAUAUGAUGUCAAAGAAAAUAAAGCAGACUUUCUGUGGAAAGGUUUUACGGAUACAAAGUUGAAAAAUUUUUAUUUUCUACUUCAUACAGAGAAAUAAGCUCAUAAUACAACUUAACUGCAUACAGGUAUUGAUUAUUCAAUUGGACUGAAUAUAGCUGAAGUGUAUCUAAAAUAAUACAGCAAUAAGGAAGUAAACAGUAUGUACUUUUGGUAAAAGAUUUUAUACUGUGUAUAAAAUAAAUAUAAAAUCUGACUUUUGAUUAAUGGUUUGUUGUUGUUUGAUUU